AUGCGGAGGCUACUGCGAUCGUGUUGUUGGUGGAUCUUGUCUUUGAUUUUCUCAGCCUUCGUCCUUUUCUGGGCCGACUGUCACCCCGCUCUGACGGAGGGUCAGCCGGCAUCUUCGCCAGGGAGACAGCAUGAAGCCGGCAGGACGAGGAACGGCAGGGCAGCAGCGGAGUCCUACUGGGCCUACUCAGGUACAUAUGGGCCAGACAGUUGGGCCGCAGCCAACCCAGAAUGCCGGGAGAAGAACCAGUCGCCCAUCGACAUCAUCGACCAGGAUGCAAAGGUGUCCAAGGAGUACCAAGAGCUUACCUUAGAGUCUUCAAACAAAACCUCAAUGAAAAACACCGGCAAGACAGUUGCCAUCCUCCUGAAGGACGACUACUUCGUCAAGGGGGCCGGACUCCCUGGGCGCUUCAAAGUGGAGAAGGUCGAGUUCCACUGGGGUCAGAACGGUUCCUCUGGAUCAGAACACAGCAUCAACAGCAGGAGGUUCCCAGUGGAGAUGCAAAUUUAUAUGUACAACUCGGAUGAUUUUGAAAGCAUCAACAUGGCAAUUAAGGAGCGGCGAACCAUAGCAGCUAUGACUGUGUUUUUCCAGGUCGGGCUGAAUGAUAACCCGGCUGUGGACCCCAUCAUCCACGGGCUGAAAGGCGUGGUGCACCACGAGAAGGAGACCUCGCUGGAGCCCUUCAUCCUGAGGGACCUCCUCCCGUCGUCGCUGGGGAGCUAUUACCGCUACACAGGCUCGCUGACCACACCGCCCUGCAGCAAGGUGGUGGAGUGGAUCGUCUUCAGUCAGCCCGUCUAUCUGUCCCACCAACAGCUGGAGGCCUUUUACUCCAUAUUCACCACCGAGCAGCAGGACCACGUCAAGUCCGUGGAGUACCUGAGGAACAACUUCCGCCCCCAGCAGAGCCUCGACAGCAGGGAGGUGUACAAGUCUGCGGUCACGGACGCCUGGGCCGACCUGUCGGACAGCAUGGGGUACCCCUACGGCACGGAGUCAUCCAAAGUGUGCAGCAGCCCCCCCAUCAACAUGAAGGUGCAGCCUCUAAACCGGACAGCCCUGCUGGUCAGCUGGACCAGGCCCGAGACGGUCUACCACCCACCCAUCCUGAGCUUCAUGGUCUCCUACAGCUGGACCAAGAACGACGAGUCUUACGAGAAAACCUUCAUGAAGGACAGCAGCCAGGACCUGAGGGCCGUCAUCACCCAUGUGUCCCCCGACAUCUUGUACCUGUUCCGGGUGCAGGCCGUGUGCCAGAAGGACAUGCGCAGUGAUUUCAGUCAGACCAUGCUCUUCAGGGCAAACACGACCAGGAUUUUUGAGGGAACGAGAAUUGUGAAAACAGGAAUGCCCACUGCCUCCCCAGCAUCCUCUGCAGAUAUGGCUCCCAUCAGUUCGGGGUCCUCCACCUGGACCUCCUCCGGCCUCCCAUUCUCCUUCGUGUCUAUGGCGACAGGCAUCGGGCCGUCAUCCAGUGGCAGUCAGGCCACGGUGGCGUCGGUGGUGACCAGCACCCUGCUGGCAGGGCUGGGCUUCAGUGGGGGGGUCAUCUCCUCCUUCCCCAGCUCUGUGUGGCCCACGCGAGCCCCGCCCCCGGCCCCCGCUCCUACCCGUCAGGUCGCCAAGACCGUCACUCCCGUCGCCGAGUCGGUGGCCACCCAGGCCUCAGACACUGACAGUACUGCCAAGGACCAUGAGGGCGGUGCCAGUGAGGGCGACAAAGAUGGCAAGAGCGAGGGAGAGGAAGGACAGAGGGAGGGAGAGGAGGAUGAGGAUGAUGAGGGAGAGAAGGAGACUGUGCGGGACAGGAAUAUAGUGCCCGCAGAGGGCGAGGCAAAGGAGGAGGGCAGUGUAGCCAAAGAGCCCCCAUCAGCCGCCCCAGCCUCAACUGCUAAAGAGAAAGGACAGCGCAAUGCGAGUGCCACUAGUGACCAGCUUCAGAAGAGCGCAGCUCCCCCUACAGGGCCUUCCUUGAAUGACACCUCAGCAAUCCAGCCUUCUGACGUCACCACACGUUCCUACAGUGGCCCAGAGAAGAACAAUUGGCCUUUCGUCUUUCACACAGAGAGGAGCACAGUGUCCAACAUGAAGAGCCCAAUCUAUAGCUCCAGCAAGAUGGAGUGGAUAAUCCCCUUGGUUGUGGUGUCAGCCCUCACCUUCGUCUGCCUGGUCCUGCUGCUCGCCGUGCUGGUCUACUGGAGGAGGUGCUUCCAGACGGCUCACUUCUACGUGGAGGACAGCAGCUCCCCCCGUGUGGUCCCCAACGAGAGCUUCCCCGUCAUCCCCAUCCCAGAUGACAUGGAGGCCAUUCUAGUGAAGCAUUUCAUCAAGCACGCCACAGAGCUUUACUCCAAUGAUCAGCAUGGAUUUUCUGAAGAUUUUGAGGAGGUGCAGAGAUGCACGGCCGACAUGAAGAUCACGUGGGAGCAUUCCAAUCACCCCGACAACAAGCAUAAGAACAGAUACAUCAACAUCGUAGCGUAUGAUCACAGCAGGGUGAAGUUACGCCCGUUGGCUGGCAAGGACGCCAAACACAGCGACUACAUCAAUGCCAACUUUGUGGAUGGAUAUAACAAGCCCAAGGCCUACAUUGCUGCACAGGGACCUCUGAAGUCCACCUUUGAAGACUUCUGGAGGAUGGUCUGGGAGCAGAACACAGGGAUUAUCGUUAUGAUCACAAACCUUGUAGAGAAAGGAAGAAGGAAGUGUGACCAGUACUGGCCGACGGAGAACAGUGAGGAGUAUGGGAACAUCGUGGUGACGCUGAAGAGCGCCGAGGUGUACGCAUGCUACACGGUCCGGCGCUUUACAGUGCGCAACACAAAAGUGAAAAAGGGUCAGAAGGGGAACCCGAAGACCCGGCAGAACGAGCGGACUGUGAUCCAGUACCACUACACGCAGUGGCCUGACAUGGGCGUGCCAGAGUACACCCUGCCAGUCCUGACCUUCGUGCGGAGGUCCUCCGCCGCCCAGACACCAGACACGGGACCAGUGAUAGUGCACUGCAGCGCCGGCGUCGGCAGGACGGGGACAUACAUCGUCAUCGACAGCAUGCUGCAGCAGAUAAAGGAGAAAGGCACGGUCAACAUCUUGGGCUUCCUGAAACACAUCCGGACCCAGAGGAACUAUCUCGUGCAGACAGAGGAGCAGUACAUCUUCAUCCACGAUGCCUUGAUGGAAGCUAUUCUUGGCAAAGAAAGCGAAGUGCUUGCCAGUCAGCUCCACAGCUAUGUCAACAGCAUCCUCACGCCAGGCCUGGGGGGCAGGACACGUCUGGAGAAGCAGUUUAAGUUGGUGACCCAGUGCAACACCAGAUUUGUUGAAUGCUUCAGUGCCCAGAAGGAAUGCAACAAAGAGAAGAAUCGCAACUCUUCCGUGGUGCCAUCGGAACGAGCCAGGGUUGGCUUGGCACCACUUCCUGGAAUGAAGGGCACUGACUACAUCAAUGCCUCUUACAUAAUGGGUUACUACAGGAGCAAUGAGUUCAUCAUUACCCAGCAUCCCCUUCCUCACACCACUAAGGACUUCUGGAGGAUGAUUUGGGACCACAAUGCACAAAUUAUUGUCAUGUUGCCAGACAACCAGAGCUUGGCCGAGGACGAGUUUGUGUACUGGCCUAGUCGGGAAGAGGCCAUGAAUUGCGAGGCCUUCACCGUCACGCUCAUCAACAAGGACAGGCUGUGCCUCUCCAAUGAGGAGCAGAUCAUCAUCCAUGACUUCAUCUUGGAGGCUACGCAGGAUGACUAUGUCUUGGAGGUUCGCCACUUCCAGUGCCCAAAAUGGCCAAACCCUGAUGCUCCAAUCAGCAGUACCUUUGAGCUCAUCAACGUCAUCAAGGAGGAGGCCAUGACCCGAGAUGGACCAACCAUAGUGCAUGACGAGUUUGGAGCUGUCUCGGCGGGCAUGCUCUGCGCCCUCGUCACCUUGUCCCAGCAGCUGGAGAGCGAGAAUGCAGUGGGGGUGUACCAGGUGGCCAAGAUGAUCAACCUCAUGAGGCCUGGAGUGUUCACUGACAUUGAACAGUACCAGUACCUUUAUAAAGCUAUGCUCAGCCUGGUCAGCGCCAAGGAGAACGGAAUGAGCCCCAUGUCCAUGGACAGAAAUGGCACUAUUGUGAUUACAGACGAAUCGGACCCUGCAGAAAGCAUGGAGUCACUUGUUUGAAGAGGACUUUGGCACGAAGAGGCACUUAAUUUGUAAAACUUCAAGGACUAGACAGACUUUUUUGAGGCCUUUUUUGCCAGAAUCUUGGUUAAAUGGAAAAAGAACCUGAUUACUUUUUUACACUGAUAAAAAGUUUUUGAUAUUUAUUUUUGCCAUUUUAUGUCUUAAUGUUAUCCUACUGAGCGUUUGCACCUGUCUUUAAGUUCACACGACGAAACACAGUUUUCUCUAGUUUGCACUAUAAUGUCAGUGUUACUGCCUACAACCCAGUUGACAUUAUCGGUCACAAAUCCACGCUUUCCCGGUUGGUGGCCACGCCCCGCUUGUUUGUUUUCGGCCAAUUGGAGACGAGAAGCUUCGAUCACGCGCUCCCUGCCGCUGAACGCGCAAAAUGAGGAUGAUGACGCGGCCACUCCCUAUGCGCCGUGUUACCGAGUAGCUGUUCGCGGCCGUACAAGAUCAAUUGUACAGAAAAGUGGUGUAAUGGUUUCCAGGAGAAACAUAGCUUUGAAAACCACGGCGGGAGGGACUACCAUGCCCUGUUCAGUAACGACCUGUCUUGGACUAACGUUUGGCCUGGCAUAACCCUAUACAGCAUGCGAAGGGAAGCGGGUUAAGCUGCUCGGCGACUGGUCGCGCUGAUCUGGCCCACCUUGGAUUUCAGAGCUUAAUGUCUCCCAUCACUGGCUUAAUGUGCUUCAGAAAUCACAAUGGAAAAUCAUAUAACAGUAAGCAAUAGGGUCAUUAUUUGGCAUCCGAAUUUGAUUUCAUAUUUUUUAUUAAUAAGUCAAACCCAUAUUUUCAUUUUACAUGUGGCAUUUAAACCACUACUGUGAAAUGUACUUCUUUUUGCAGGCUUCUUUUUAAAAUAUAUCCUUAAUCCUCUUAACGUGUGGUUUUGUAGACUUCUUUUGUCGGCGAACCUUGGAACAGAUUCUCCUUGGUUCUCGCUUAAAGGAUUUGACACAGUGAAGACAGUUUGCUGCUCCCCCCUUACCCUCUAGCUGCCUCUAGGCUCACCUGUCUCUCUGUCGCUCCUUUUACGUGUCUUUCUACCAUGAAGGUAGCAUUCAGUGUUAACAUAUUAAAAAGAAAUAAACAUUUUGGUUUACUUAUAAAUCGGUGCUUACUGAAAACCGGAUGAGUGAAAUAGCUCGUAUGGAUAUAAUCAGAGACCACAGUUUUGUGUAAUUAAUAUACAUAAUUUCAUUGAAUUGUUUGCUUCCUUAGUUAUCUCAACCCAAGUGCAUUCAGUGUUGCCGAGAACGUUUAAAUUGCGCGUCAUUUCUCAACGUUUUGACCUCUGUGUCCCCGCCCACCUAUGAUUGUACCGUAUGUCAUGUAAAAUGUGCCCCCUACUAUGGUUUAAAUGGAAAACAAGGUGGAGAAAAAAGAAGAGCAGACACCGACCUCAUCUCUCGAGUGGUAUAUACACCGGCCCGAGGCCCAAGGUGACCUACCCAUCAUUCCUCUCCUGCUGUUUCAGAGGCGAAGUACUCCCAGCACAUUCAAGGUGGAGUCGCAAAACGUGCGGCUCCCUUCCCUGUGUCCGAAGGCCGCCACGCAUCAAGCGGCAGACUGUACUCAUUCCAGGCACAGUGGGACUCUGCGGCUUCAACCUAAAUGGGAAAGAAAAGGCUGUUAUCCUUUUGUCACACAGCACAACUGCCUUGGCGUUAUAUAUAUUUUUUUAUUUUUUUUAAGCAUAGCGACAUAUAACCUGGGGAAAAUAUAAUGCAUCAACUCUACCAAAGAUAUAAAUGCAUUUCAGAAAGGAAAACAAAGCUUUGUUUGGUCAUUUUUUAUAUUUCUGUUUAGUCGAGGUUGUGAUUAAAAUUAAACGAUUACAUGUGUGCUUGACAUUCAUUACUGGCAGAGGUGUGACAUUAUCGGCAUACUUAUACAGACUAUCUACUAAUUAAAUUGUAUUUCGUUGCGAAUUUUUAUUUAACUCAAUUAAUUUGCCACAGAAAUAUGUGGGAAUAGUUUACUCUUUUAAAGGUGUUUUUUCAGAGCCGCGGGUGCUUUUCUUAAUUUAACUGGAAAUAGAUAAAAAAAAUGUGAUGUUUUGAGGUGGAAUGUCAAGUCCGCCCUUCAUCAGUGUCACGCUGUGGCUGAUCUUUAAUCACGUACUGUUCUCUUUAUAUUAUUUGUUUUUCUGCAUACGGAUGUGGCUGAAAAUUGAGUUAUUCAGUAUUACCCAGUGAAAUGUUAUUUCCUUAUUUUCGUCUCCUUUUUAUCUCCUUACAAGGAGGCUGUUUAAUGAAGUCGCAGCUCCAACAUUUGGGGAUAGACGCGACUUUCGAUCAUUCGUCACCCUAAGCACUACUGAGUUACAAGCCACCGGUUUGGAUUUUUUUUUUAUUAUUGUAAUUUUUUGCUUACCAUCCCGAACAUUCCUUUUUGUUACAUACGCUAUGAAACAAACUCUAGUGUCUCAUAAAAUUAAAAAUGUACAUAUUUUGUUGUUCCAAUAACCAUCUUCUGGAAACUUUGUAUCUAUGGUAUAUAAUCAUAGAAUUUUAUAUUUUCGUAUGAAGCUAUUUUUUCCCUAGUUUCUGCUCCGUCAUUGUUCUGUGGUGAAUAUGUGGGGAAAAGUCUCUCUCUGUGCAUUGAGGUAGUGAUUGUCAUCACAUACCAAAAAAAUCCAUAAACAUCCAUGCCUAUACAUCUCCCUUUCUGGCAGUGAUUGUGGUACUUUUUAUUUCAUUUUCUUUUUCAGUUAUUAUUAUUAUUAUUAUUAUUAUUAUUAUUAUUACGUUGUCAGUGUGUGCAAUAGAAUAGAUCUAGUGAGUCACUGAAUAAGUUUGUCUCAUUGGCCCAUUUGGAAAAGGUGGGUGUUUCUCUUCUUUUGUAACCAGAAAAAAAUGUUUUGUUGAAAGCUAUAUAAAAUCAUUCUAUUAUAGUGUUAUUUAAUAUGUAAAUUGUAUUGCUAUACAUAAAAUAAAAUAUGGGUUUUGAUGUACUUUA